GCCCGCUCCGCUGCACCAUGCAUUCCUACAUUCGCCCCAACACGCACGUCGCCCUGCGGCUGCCGUCAGGCCUCUUCAAGAUAGUCGAAAUCACCCCGAAUACCAACAUCAACCUGGGCAAAUUCGGCACCUUCAACUCCAACCUGCUGCUCGGGCGCCCCUACUACCUCACCUACGAGCUGCUCGACAAGGACGACGGCAAGUCCAAGACCGAACUGCGCGUGGUGCCCGCCCCUGAACUCCAUGCCGAAGCCCUAGGCAGCGACCAUGCCACCACGGCCGACGCCGGUGACGACAGCGCGGACGUGAAUGGCGGCUUCGACAUUGUGGGCGAAGAUGGCCAGGUCAUUAUGCGCAACAACCGCCUGACCAUUGACGAUGCUUCGCGCCAGGCCCUGUCCAUGGCCGAGAUUGAGGAGCUGAAGAAGGCGGGCGCGGGCUCUGGCAAGGAAAUCAUUGCCAAGAUCAUGGCCUCGCACAAUGCCAUUGACGAGAAGACGAGCUUCUCCCUGGCCAAGUACACGCUGCGAAAGUCGAAGAAGUACCUGAAGCGCUUCACCGCCUUGCCAAUGGAUGUUGGAUUGCUGACCGAGUAUGUCUUGGAGAAAGAGGCGUACAAGAUUAUGGAGCUGAGAGAAGACCUGCUUGGUUUAAUCAACAGCUGGGCCAACGUCCACUCGGGAGAAACAAACCAAAUUAUCACCGGAGAAGACGGCGUCAGUCAGAUAGGAGGCUGCCGCUGGCUCGUGGUGGACGAUACUGGGGGGUUGGUCACAGCCGCGCUCGCAGAGAAAAUGGGCAUUUUGUAUCCCGACGACGAGAACGACGAGUCCGACUCUGAAGAGGACGCUGCUGCAGCGGACGUACCAGAACCGAAAGAUGCAGACACUGCCAUGGCCGACGCCGAUACUGAGACCAUCACCACAUCUGAUCCAACAAACGCUACCGACCCCUCAUCAUUAGCCGGAGCCCCUUCAGAUCCCCCGCCAAAGCCAAGGAAACCACCGCGGCCGCACAUCCCCCAAAUGUCGGCGCGGACCAACACCCUUACAAUCCUGCAUCCCAACAACCAGCCCAAUCUUUCCUACCUCAAGUACUUUGGCUACGACUAUGGCGCGCCAGCUGUUUCGCAUCCCCUCUACAAGCAUCUUAAAUCACUAUCCUGGCUCUCACUACUCCAUCCCGAGGACGAUCCGUCUUACGACGAGCCAGAAGUCAUUCCUGACGAUGUACUAGCAACGAUGAAGUCAACAAAGCGAGGCACAUACUACAAGAAGCGAAGACGGUGGGAACGUGUGAAGAAUGUCGUUGACGAGACGCGCCAGGGAGGUUUCGAUGGCUUGGUAGUUGCCACAGCCAUGGAUGCAAAGACGGUUCUAAAGGAACUGGUACCUCUGGUGCGUGGCGGCGGCAGGGUAGUUGUCUAUAAUCCCAACGUCGAGCCACUAGUUGAGUUGUGUGACUACUACUCCAAGGAACGCCGAACAGCGUACAUUGCACGAGAAUUUGGGCCCACACCGCAGACCAACGGCCACAAAGCCCGGGCGGAAGAUGAUGUUGAAACAAAUGGCAGCACGACAGAGGGCGGCAAUGAGGAGGAUGAUUUCCCACUCAACCCUACAUUGCUUCUUGCGCCAUCUUUGCAGACGGCCCGUGCAAGGCAAUGGCAAGUUCUCCCUGGGCGCACACACCCUAUGAUGACAAGCAAAGGCGGUGCUGAGGGUUAUAUCUUUACAGCCACGCGCGUGUUGCCAAUUGAAGGCAGGGUGGAGGCGCGUGGACACCAUGGCAAGAAGAAGAGGAAGAUUGGCGAGAAUGAGCAAGCCGCUGUGUCGGCCUAGUCUCUUGUAUUUCAGUGCAAUAUCAUCGCCAUGUGUUUCAAGGUGUACAGUGGAACGUUGAGAGUUACUCAAAAGCUAUUCUCAAUGAUUAUAACGAUUAUAACGAUAUGCAGCCACUGCUUCCAAUAUCCCCUGUUUUGCAUUUGGAUUAGGGUAUGUCAAAUAGACAAUGUG